AUGGCUUCAUCCAUAUCUAUCUAUCUAUCUAUCUAUCUAUCUAUCUAUCUAUCUAUCUAUAUUUCUUAUGUUGUUUCCCAGGCCGCAACCCAGACCUGGCGAGGAGUUUUUGCGCUAGAGCAACAGGGCUUCCUCCCAAUCCAUUUCAAUGCUAAUGCCGGCAAACGGUUAACGGCUUGUCGUUGUCGCACAAACCAAACGAGCAAACGCUUCAUUGCAGCUCCUUGCAUUCUCAUCGCUGGCAUCACCAUUUCUACAACCCUUCAAAUGGCUCCUACACGACGAACAUCCGCACGUCAGCAACUGAAGACCCCUAAUACCGUUAACGUUACACAUGCAGAACAGGCGACUGCGGAGGAGCACAUAAUAACUCCGGUUACAGAUGAUAAUAUAGCGUCUACUUCAACCUCUGCUUUGCACUCUUCUGAGUGCCGUGGUGAUGACCGACCCGGCAGCUUUGCUAAGCGUGCUAAAAUGCCAUGGCGAGGCCACAUUAGCAGGCGUUCUAAAAGAGCCUCUGCGGCAAAGAGAAAGCAGGAGGAGGAAGCCGAGGUAGAGGCCUCUUUGAAGCUUUCCAGUCAAUCCCAACGGAGGCAGUAUAUUUGGUCACAUGAAACGCUUGGUGAGCGUAACUACCGUUUGUACUGCAAAUCAGUUUACACAUAUUCGUUGAAAAGUAAGAGGAAACUACCUAAACGCUUGCAAGACAACAAAAAAGCGGCUUCAUCACCAGCGCUUUUGCGGUCUCGACAGAGCCAGCAUCGAAAAUCUACUCGCAAUGCAGCCGACGCCGCAGCAAUAUCCAUUCGACGGUCCCAGGAGACCACGGGUGAGAAAACCGCACGUAACACAGCGAAAUCUGCGGCAACGUCCAUUCGACGGUCCCUGGAAUCCAUGGCUGAGAAAACCGCACGUCAUGCAGCCGACGCCGCUGUAAUUUCUGCUGCAAGGGCGUCGGAAAGUUCCGCGCAAAUGCGCACAAGGUGGCAACGCGAUGCAAUUUCAACUUCCGCUGCUAGAGCUAUAACCUCUUUUGAUGGUAAUGUCUUCCGCGAAGUCGGUUGGAAUCCCACCUUCAAGGGUCAAGGUCAUGUUUACCACCGGAUUGGGUCUCUUUUGCCGGAAACCGCCACUGAUUCGGCCUUUCUACAAAUAUACUUCAUAGCUGACUACAAUCAACAGGCAGAUGCUCCCAUGGCCAUUAUUCCCGAGAACGAUACAGGCCAGGACAAUCAUACUCGCAAGGAUAUCAUAAUGAUUCUCCAACAAAUGCUCCACGACACAAACAGCUAUGUCCGCAGUUUUAAGUAUGCUCUCGAAAAUAACACUUCUUCUGAUUUCAUUAUUGUAAUUGAUGCUGACAAUCGGCCUCAGGGAGAGCACGAACGUCGUUACAAUGCUCCCGCAAGUAACGAAGUUUCCGUCAUUGUCAGCGGUGAUCAGCACAACAGACCUGACAUUGUUAUCGAAUCGCGCGGCAGUGGGCUCCGAAGAAUGAGUGAAACGCACCGGUCCUACGAUGCCCUGCAAUACCCACUUCUCUUCCGUUACGGAGAAGAUGGACUGAAUCAAACCAAGUUGCGCUGCGACUCUUCCAUUCACCUCCGUGAUGCUUUACGAAAUGACGCUGAUCCACGCAAUAUAGGCAAGAUGUGCAUACUACCUGCAACGUUCACAGGCAGUCCACGAUACAUGAACGCGAGGACGCAAGACGCGAUGACAUGCGUUCGUAAGUACGGCCGACCAGACCUAUUCAUAACUUUCACGUGUAACCCAAAAUGGCAGGAAGGUUCCGUAGAAGAAAUCCAGGAAUUCCUUGCAGGGCCCUUUAUUAGCAGCACAGAGGGCCCUUGGCACAUAUUCAGCUUCCCCAUCCACAAACGCUUCCCAGCAAUCGUGCAGCUUUCUGUGCACCUAGAAAACGACGAACUUCGUUAUUUUUCUGCGGAUACAGCAAUGGAUGUGGCUGCGCGUACCAAAGACACAACGCAUAUACGACAGGACGAGUUUGCUAGGACUCUACUGUACCCAGACGUGCCUUCAUACUACGUGUGA